UAUCACCUCACUCUCUCUCACACUCUCUCUCUUAUUAUUAAUCCCUCCACUGGUUUAUAGAGAGAGAGAGGGAGAGAAUGUCUAAAUCUUCGGAUCUUUUGAUGUUUUUGUUUUUCUUCUCUCUUGCCGUUCCACAUCUUGGGGAAGUGUCCUCAUCAUCAUCACCAGUUCGAAACCCCGAGGCGGUUGUUGAAGAAGUGCACAAGAGCAUCAAUGCGUCAAGGAGAAACCUAGGAUACCUGUCCUGUGGCACAGGCAACCCCAUCGACGACUGCUGGCGGUGUGACCCGAACUGGAACACCAACCGUCAGCGGUUAGCUGAUUGUGCCAUCGGGUUUGGCAGGGAUGCCAUUGGCGGCAAGCGUGGCCGUAUUUAUGUAGUCAGUGACUCUGGUGAUGACGAUCCCGUAAACCCUAAGCCCGGAACUCUGCGUCAUGCGGUGAUACAGGAUGAGCCCUUGUGGAUCAUCUUCAAGCGGGACAUGGUGAUCCAGUUGAAAGAAGAGCUCGUGAUGAACUCAUACAAGACCAUCGAUGGCCGGGGCGCAAGCGUCCACAUUGCCAAUGGCCCAUGCAUUACCAUUCAUUAUGUGACCAACAUCAUUAUCCACGGCGUCCACAUACAUGACUGCAAGCCCGGGACCUACUCCAUGAUAAGGGACUCACCACACCACUAUGGGUGGUGGAGGGUGUCAGACGGGGAUGGCGUCUCGAUAUUCAAUAGUCAGCACGUCUGGGUCGACCACUGCUCACUCUCGAACUGCCGCGACGGGCUCAUAGAUGCUAUCCACGGGUCCACAGCCAUCACCAUCUCGAACAACUACAUGACUCAUCAUGACAAGGUCAUGCUUUUAGGGCACAGCGACUCCUACACGCAGGACAAGAACAUGCAGGUCACGAUCGCUUUCAACCAUUUCGGUGAAGGACUAGUGCAAAGAAUGCCCAGGUGUAGGCAUGGGUAUUUUCACGUAGUGAACAAUGACUAUACUCAUUGGGAGAUGUAUGCGAUUGGAGGAAGUGCCAGUCCGACCAUCAACAGUCAAGGGAAUAGAUUUCUUGCACCAAACGACAGGUCAAGUAAAGAAGUGACCAAGCACGAACAUGCCCCGGAAAGCGAGUGGAGAACAUGGAAUUGGAGGUCAGAGGGGGACCUGAUGCUGAACGGCGCAUACUUCCGACAAUCAGGUGCGGGUGCAUCUUCGAGCUACGCUCGGGCAUUCAGCCUCAGUGCGAGGCCAUCGUCUCUGGUCGGUUCCAUGACAGUUACUGCCGGUGCACUUAACUGUAGGAGGGGCUCUCGCUGCUGAAUUUAAUGACAAUCCCACCACAAAUCUGGUCCAAUGGACUAAGUAUGUUUCUAGUUGAAAACCUUGUCUAGACUAGAUUAACCUUCGGUCGUUCUUGACCUAUAUGCACAAGGUAAUUAGGAGAGCUUAAUGCUCGAACCAAAACCGUGCAAUCCUUGUCCUUCAUUAGAUUUUUUGUUGUCCCCGGUAUGAUGUACGUGUAAGUUUAUGCUCUUGAAACCCUAAUUCGAGUAAAUUAAGAGGUUUUCCUUA